AUUUGCCAAUUGCAAUUAUUGUAUAGCAGAGGAAGACGCAUUUGCCGUGACGUGAAUUCGUAUAUAAAGGCACUGGCAGGGUUCCAUGGACAACAAUUCUCCCCUCACUCUGCGAGCAACACUAGAAGACUUCACAACCAUGAAGCUCGUGAUCGCACUGACCUUCUUGCUGACGUUAUGCACAGCCGAAGAAGAGGCCAAGCCUCAAGUGGCUCAGAUUGCUGAUCUGGAUGCUGCGGAACACCACGGAGGGUACGGUAGACGUCCUAAUAGAUACGGUGGAUAUCGCGGACAGAGCGGAUUUGGAGGAUACGGAGGACGUCCUAGUGGACCCGGUGGAUACGGGAAGCAUAGUGGAUACGGCACACAAGGUGGAUGGGGCCGAAAACGCCGAUCGGCUGGAGAGGACCAGGCGAUCGUAGAGGAUGUUCAGCAGCCAAUCGUCCAGGAUGUCUCUGAUCUUGACGCGGCUGAGAACCGAGGACACAUUGGAUAUGGUGGUCGCGCAGGAUACGGCGGAUACAAAGGACACGGGGGCAGUAAUCGUAAAGGCCGCUCUGUUGGAGAUGACGUCGUUGUAGACCUGGAAACCGCUGAACAUCAUAAUGUAGGCUACGGGGGUUACGGUGGCUCCCGUGGCUCCGGUGGCUACAGUGGCUAUGGUGGCUACGGUGGUUACGGUUACGGUGGCUACGGUGGCUACGGUGGCUACGGUGGCAAUCGUGGUUACGGUAGCUAUGGUGGGUAUAGACCCAGUGCCUAUGGUGGCUAUAGGCCCAGCAACUACGGUAAUUAUGGAGGAAAUGGUUGGGGUCGCUAAAAUAUGAAAUCUUUUCAAAAUGAUUACUGUUGCUACGUUUAAUAUGUUGAUAAUGACAUUCUGCACUCCGGUAAAAUAUAUUGAUAAAAAAAUA